AUGCAAAACUUAACUCUCUCUCUCUCUCUCUCUUUCUCUCCCUCCCUUCCCCUUUUCUCUCCCUCUCAUUCCGUCUCUCUCUCUCUCUCUCUCUCUCUCUUGCUCGACUGGAUUUUCUGUUUCUUCUUCUCUGUUUUUCUCUAUCUUUUUCUUUCCCUCUUUCUUGCUUUGCAUCCGAGUCAUUGUCUCUUUGUUUUCUCCAUCUUUCUUUUUUUGUAUUUAUUUUUUUUCUCUCUCUCUCUCUCUCUCUCUCGUUAUCAUUGUAUCUGUCUAUAUCUCCUUGACUCUCCCUCUCUCUUUCUAUCUGUAUGUGUCUAUUUCUCUCCUUUCUUUGUACCUGUCCAUUUAUCUCAUUUCUCUCUCUCUUUCUAUCUAUUUCUCUCCUUUUUUCUCCUUCUACCUGUCUAUUUCCACUCGUCUCUCUCUCUCUCUCUUUCUAUCGUUGUAUCUGUAUAUAUCUAUUGGUCUCUCUCUAUCUCUCUCUCCUUAUAUAUGUCUAUUUGUCUCUUAAUAUCGCUGUAUCUAUUUUUCUGUCUCUCUUUCUUUCUUUGUAUGUCUAUUUCUCUCAGUCUAUUUCCGCCUCUCUCAAUGUAA